AUGAGAAAUCGUUAUCGCAUCGGUGCGGCUGCGCUGAUGGUAGUGGCUUUGAUCGCUACCCUCGGCUGCCAGGAAGGCACCACCUACGUCGCCCCGCCGCCACCCAAUGUCACGGUUGCCGAGCCGCUGGAACGUCCGGUUCAGGAAUACUUCCAGGCGGUCGGACAAACCCGCGCGGUGAAUCGGGUGGAACUCCGCUCGCGCGUCGAUGGUUACCUGAAGGAAAUCCACUUCAAGGAUGGCGACACGGUCGAAGAGGGCCAGCUCCUGUUCGUCAUCGAUCGGGCCCCGUAUGAAGCCGACGUGGCCUCGGCCGAAGCCACGCUCGCGAAAGCCAAGGCACAACUGUUGCUGGCCAACCAGGAGUUGGCGAGAUCGCAGUCUUUGGUCGAGCGGAACGCCGUGACCGAGAGCGAACUCGAUAUCCAAGAGGCCGAACAGGCCUCGGCCGCCGCCGAUGUGGCGGCCGCGGAAGCUGCCCUGCGAGACAUGAAGCUCGACCUGGGAUACACCGAAAUUCAUGCCCCCUUCGCUGGCCGGAUGGGCAGACACAGGAUCGACGUUGGCAAUCUCGUGCAGAGCGGCACUACCGAACUGUCCACCAUCGAGGCCGUCGAUCCAAUCCACGCCUACUUCACCAUUAGCGAAUCGGACCUGCUGCGGUUCAUGGAAAUGCAGCGUGAGGGAAAGAUUCGCAUCAGCGAUGCCGACCCCAUCACCAUCGAGCUGGCCCUAGGCGAUACUGGCGAGUUUGCAUUUGCCGGUAAGUUGGACUUCCGCGAGUUCGGCAUCAACCCCGUCACCGGCACCGCGCAACGUCGAGCCGUAUUCCCCAACCCCGAUGGCCGGCUCAUUCCUGGACUGUUCGUUCGACUUCGAGCCGCUGUGGGAGAACCCCAACCGCGGCUCCUGGUUGAAGAGCGCGCCGUGGGGGCCGACCAACGCGGCGAUUACCUGUUGGUGGUCGACGACAAAAACACCGUUCAGUAUCGCCCGGUCACGCUAGGCAUCUUAAGGGACGGACUUCGCGCAAUCGAAAGCGGACUUCAAAGCGGCGACCACGUGGUGAUCAACGGCCUGCAACGCGCUCGCCCCGGUGCCGCGGUGAACCCAGAGGUGGUCGAAAUGGGCGGUGAUGGUUCAGCAGCCGCAGCCACGGCCAAUGCCAAGGCGGCCUCGCGCCGCAGCGUUUCACCGGCCGUCGAACAAUACCCUGCCAUCACGCCCCCGACCAUUCGGGUUGCAACCACUUAUCCCGGCGCCAACGCCAGCACGGUUGCCGAGACGGUGGCCACUCCAAUCGAACAGCAGGUCAACGGUGUGGAGAACAUGCUCUACAUGCAGUCGACCAGCUCGGGCGAUGGUUCUUACACGCUCACGGUUACCUUCGAGAUUGGCACCGACCUCGAUCAAGCCCAGGUGCUGGUUCAAAACCGCGUGGCCAUUGCCGAACCGCAGUUGCCUGAGGAAGUUCGUCGCCAGGGCGUGACGGUUACCAAGCGCUCCAGCAACAUCAUCUUGGUCAUUUCGCUCACCAGCGAAGACCCCACGAUGGAUACGCUGUUCUUGGCCAACUACGCCAAGCUGCGUCUGCAAGACGAACUGAGCCGGGUGCCGGGCGUGGGCGAAGUGACCAUCUUCGGUACAGCCAACUACAGCAUGCGUAUCUGGCUGCAUCCGCAAAAGAUGAAAGCCCGCGGGAUGACCGCCGGCGAUGUGAUUGCCGCCCUGGCCGAACAAAACGUUCAGGUGGCCGCCGGACAAAUCGGACAGCCACCCACCCCCGCGGGAAACCCGUUCCAAUACACGGUCACCGUGCCGGGACGAUUGAGUCAGGCGGAAGAGUUCGAAAACAUCAUCGUCAAGACGGGCCAAGACACCGAACUCGUCUUUCUUAAAGACAUCGCGCGAGUCGAACUCGGCAGCCAGUCCUACGAUCAGUUCACCCAGAAACAAGGUCAGUCGAACGCCAACAUAGGCAUCUUCCAACUUCCAGGGGCCAACGCGGUACAAGUGGCUGAAGAAGUUCUGGCCACAAUGGAUCGCCUCAGCAGCCAGUUCCCCGACGGCUUGGAAUACAGCAUUCCACUGAACAGCUCGGCGUUUGUCGAAGCCUCGAUCGAAGAGGUCUACAAAACGCUAUUCGAGGCCGGCGUGCUGGUGCUGAUCGUGAUUCUGGUCUUCCUGCAAGACUGGCGAGCGGUGCUGAUUCCAGCCACGACGGUUCCGGUGACCAUCAUCGGUGCGUUCGCCGCGAUGUACGCCCUGGGCUUCACCGUGAACAUGCUCACGCUGUUCGGCCUGGUGCUGGCCAUUGGUAUCGUGGUCGACGAUGCGAUCGUGGUGGUUGAAAACGCCGUGCAUCAUAUCGAACGCGGCGAGGAACCGAAGGAGGCCACGAUCCGCGCGAUGGGCGAGGUGAUCGGCCCCAUUAUCGGCAUCACGUUGGUGUUGUUGGCCGUGUUCAUUCCGGCCUCGAUGCUGGGAGGCAUCACCGGCCAGCUCUACCGGCAGUUCGCCUUAACGAUCGCCGCCACUGCCCUGCUGAGUGCGAUCAAUGCCGUGACGCUCAAGCCCACGCAAUGUGCGUUGUGGCUGAAGCCGACCAAAAAGAAGAAGUUCAUCCUGUUCCGUUGGUUCGAGUCGGUCUAUCGCCUGGUCGAGCACACCUACUUCGCCAUCAUCCGCCGUUUGGUUCGCUGGGUGGUGCCGGUAUUGGUGGUCUUCGUUGGUUUCGUGGCUCUGGCCGGCUGGUGGUAUGUGCGACUGCCCACCGGCUUCAUCCCGACGGAAGACUCCGGCUAUAUCCUGCUUUCGGUUCAACUUCCCGAUGCGGCCUCCCAACAACGCACCCGUGAAGUGAUGGCCGACCUCGAUGAAAUCCUAGGCUCGGUCGACGGCAUCUCCACCUGGAUCACCAUCGGCGGGCUUUCGCUGCUGGACAACAGUAGCGCGCCAAACGCGGGAACCAUCUUCGCCUCGUUCGAAGGGUUUGAGAAACGGGCCGAAGAAGGCAACACCCUCGAUGUGAUCCUCGGCAAUCUGAACCAGAAGCUCGCCCAGAUUCAAGAAGCCACCGUAUUCGCGUUCGUUGAAGACCGCGCCGAUGUGGGACUGCAAGAACUUCAACAAGUGACCCAAGAAAUCGUCGAAGCCGCCAACGGACAAACGGCGCUCACUGGGGUGAACACUAUGUUCCGUCCCGGCGUUCCGCAGUUGCAUGUUGAAGUCGAUCGCGCAAAGGCUAAGAUUCUCGACGUCCCGUUGGGCACCGUUUUCGGAACGCUGCAGGCCUAUCUCGGUUCGGCCUACGUGAACGACUUCAACAAGUUCGGUCGUACCUAUCAGGUGCGUGUGCAGGCCGACCAGACCUUCCGCGCUGAACCCGACGACAUUCGCCGACUGCAGGUUCGCACGAACGACGGCGAGAUGCUUCCGCUGGGAACGUUGCUCACCGUCAAUCGCGCGUUCGGACCUCAAAUCAUCAAUCGCUACAACCUUUACCCGGCCGCCAGUAUCUCGGGCACCUAUCAAACCGGGUUCAGCUCAGGCGACGCUUUGAACAUCAUGGAGCAGAUUGCCGAAAGCACGUUGCCACGAACCAUGGGCUACGAAUGGACCGGGACCACGUUCCAGGAAAAACGUGUGGGCAGCGAAGCCAUCUUCAUCUUCGCCGUGGCCGUGCUGCUGGUGUACCUGGUGCUGGCCGCUCAGUACGAAAGCUGGCUGUUGCCGGUGGCCGUGAUUCUGGUCGUCCCACUGGGGCUGUUGGGUGCAGUGGCGGCCGUGUCAUUCCGCGGAUUGGACAACAACGUCUACACCCAGAUCGGCAUUGUGCUCAUCAUCGCACUGGCCAGCAAGAACGCGAUUCUGAUUGUCGAAUUCGCCCGCGAACUGAGGGCACGUGGUAAGUCGAUCACCGACGCGGCAGCCGAAGCGGCGAAGAUGCGGUUCCGCCCGAUCAUCAUGACGUCGUUCGCCUUCAUCCUCGGCGUGGUCCCCUUGGUCAUCGCCAAUGGAGCUGGCGCCGCAGGUCAACAAGCCCUGGGCACCGCCGUGUUCGGAGGCAUGAUUGCCGCCACGAUCCUCUCCGUAUUCUUCGUACCGAUCUUCUACGUGGUGUUCCAAGGGCUCGACGACUUCUUCCGCAAGAAGAAGCCGGCGGUUGAAGCGGCGCUUGGUAUGUCUUUAAAGUGGUUCGCUUUCUGCGCGAUCAUUAUUGUAUCUCUGGCGGAACACGCAUCGGCAGAAGAGCUCACGCUUAACGUCAAGCAAAUCACUCAUGGCCCGCAGCAUCAUUUCUUUGGCUACAUCGGCCAGAGUUUGACAACGCCCUGGAACGCCAGUGGGCAAUACAUCCUCUCACUACGCACCAACUUUCACGACCGGAUGCCUCGGGCCGAAGAUGCAGCCGACGUGGUGUUGAUUGAUACGCAGAACAAUUACCGUGUCAUUCCCAUCGAGAAAACGCGGGCCUGGAACUUUCAGCAGGGCACGAUGUUCUACUGGCAGCCGCAGCACCCGGAGACCCAGUUCUUCUUCAACGAUCGCGAUCCAGAAACCGGCCACGUGUUCACGGUGCUGUAUGACAUCGAAGAGAAACGACGUCUGCGAGAGUAUCGCUUCGACGAUGUGCCGGCGGCCAACGGGGGCGUUUCUCCCGAGGGCGAUUUCUUCCUGGCCAUCAACUACGGUCGCAUGGCUCGACUUCGCCCCGUGACCGGAUACCCCGACGCAGCCGACCCCACCGCCGACACUUCUGCCCCCGACAACGACGGCAUUUUUCGUGUCGACAUCGAUACCGGAGAACGGAUGCUGCUGGUCUCGUUCCGCCAGCUCCGCGACCUGCUCCGCGAUCGGCACGACAACAUCGAUGAGGUCGGCUUCUACAUCAACCAUUCGCUGAGCAACCGUACCGGCGAGUUCGUCUACUUCUACGCUCGCGGACGCUAUGGCGAGGAGCCAAUGGCCGUGAACGUGCCGUGCUCGAUUCGCACCGAUGGCACCGAGCUGAAAACCCACACCUUCAUCGGCGGCCAUCCCGAGUGGGAUGAAGGUACAGUGGUGAUCGGCGCGAAGGACGACCGCCAGGUUCGUUACGACAUCGCCCAAGGAAAAAUCGUCGGGCAAAUCGCCACGCCCGAGAUUAUCUCCUCGCCCGGCGGCGAUAUCGCCCUAUCACCCAACGCCGACUGGUUUGUCUGUGGCUAUUCAACCAAAACGGACAACCGCUACGCCAUCUUUCGCCGUAGCAAUGGCAGCUAUGCCCAUUCCCCUGAGUUCUCGCGAGGCCCCCACCACCGCGGAGAACUCCGCAUCGACCCCGCACCACGGUGGAACCGCGACAACAACGCGUUGCUGGUGCCCGGCAUUACAGCCGACGGAACGCGACAUUUGCAUCUGAUCGAGAUUGCCGAACGUUAA